UACUUGACCAGUUAUGAUAUGCCUCUUAAAGUAUAGUUAUAGCUAAAAAUCAAGUUUUGUUGGUAAAAUUUUUUAAAGCUUUGAUCUACCAGAUACGAAUCGUUUUUCGUAUCAUCAAAACGAUACGAGUUGGUUGUUUCCCGGAGAUGGAGGGAAAGGGCGGGAGGUGGGCAUUUUCGAAAAGAAAAUAUUCUCUCUCUACGCCAUAAGAGGGAAAGGGAGACGGAGAGGAGAUGAUUUUCGGUUUUGCCGCGUUCCGCAGAGGGGAAAAAACUCCCUGUGGCUGCUACAUCUCUGCAGCUCCUGCAUCUCCGCUUCCUCUUCUUCCUAGCAUCGCUGGACUGAGAGAACCAAAAUGGUCAGAUGUUAAGUAGAUUCCUGAAGAUCAUAAUGAGUUCUCCUCCUCCUUCAUCAUCUUCUUAUAGGUACGCGAUUGCAGCAGCGUCUUUCACGAAAAGGUUCGUCUCUCCGUUUUUAGUUAUCCCCUCCGCUUUGGUCGCUCUCUUCUUCUUCCUGCUGCUCACCUGCAAUGCACUAUCCAUCUUCUGCUUCCAAAUCCCUUUUCCCCUUAAGCCCAUCCUGGAUCGCGACCGCCACUUGCCGCAGAAUGCAGUAGUCGUUGAGUUCGGAGAAUCCUUAUCUUCCUCCUCCUCCUCCUCCUCUUCUUCUUCCCCGUCGUCGUCUUCUUCCUCCUCGUCUCUACCAUCUUCUAUUAUGUACGCCGUCAAGGAAGAAGCACCACUAUCAAGAACGCGCGAAACUCUUCAGCUAUUACACAAGCAUGACGCCAUGGUUCCACCAUUGAACUCUUCGUCGCGCCAGCGGCUGAGAUGGUUCAGAAUGAACAGGACCAAGUUCAAGAUUCUGCGGACCAGUAAACUCUCGAGUCAAUUCUCUGCGAGAGUGCAAGAGUUCUUCGAUGGCGCAGGUGGUGACGGUGUUGUUGGCAACACGACUUCCUCUUCUUCAUCAUCAUCAUCAUCAUCUGGUGCGAGCCGUCAUCCCUGUGAGCUCCGUGUCUUCAUGACGUGGAUAUCUUCGCUAGCGAAUUUUGGUGACAGAGGGGUCUUCGCCAUAGAGAGCCUCUUCAAGUCUAACCCAGAGGCUUGCUUGUUGAUAGCCUCCAAAGAAAUGGAUUCCAGGAGAGGGUACAAGCUCUUGAGGCCCUUUUGGAGCAGAGGCUAUAGGGUCAUGGCUGCCUCUCCCGACCUUGACUUCCUCUUCGAGAGCACCUCCGCGGAGGUUUGGUUUGAGAAAUUGAGAAAGGGGAAUGUCGACCCAGGCGAGGUGCCCUUAGGUCAGAACCUCUCCAAUUUGCUUAGGCUCGCCCUUCUGUACAAGUACGGGGGCGCUUACAUCGACGCCGAUGUCGUCGUGGUGAAGAGCUUCGCCGGCCUUAGGAACACCCUCGGAGCACAGACCCGUGACGAGGGGACCGGGAGAUGGAGCAGAUUGAACAAUGCAGUGAUGAUCUUCGACAAGAACCAUCCUCUCGUUUACAAAUUCAUCGAGGAAUUUGCUCUGACCUUUGAUGGGAACAAGUGGGGUCACAAUGGGCCUUACUUGGUCUCGAGGGUUGUAUCGAGGGUCAGCGGAAGGCCCGGUUUUGAGUUCUCUGUGAUGCCGCCGAUCGCCUUCUAUCCCGUCGAUUGGAGUAAAGUCCGGUGCCUCUUCCACGGGCCGAGGGAUAAACACCAAUUCAAGUGGGUGUUGGCUAAACUCGGCAGGAUCAAGAAGGAUAGCUUCGCCGUUCACCUUUGGAACAGGCACAGCGGCGGGCUUCAGGUUGAAGAUGGCAGCGUCGUCUCUCACUUGAUGUCCAGUUUUUGUGUGUUAUGCAAUAAUACCUCUUUCCCCAAUCUGCCGGCCAUGGAAGGAUAAGGCGGUCAUGGUUGUAGCUUUCCUGUUCGCUUGUUUAUUUGGUUGGUGGUUGUGUGAAUAGUGAAAUCAGGAGGAAGAGGAAAAGGAUCCUCAUCCUGUCGCAGUUGUGUAAUAGUAUCUCUUCCAAUCUGCCGGCCAUGGAAGGAUAAGGUGGUCAUGUUGGACCCUUCCUGCUCUUUUUUUAUUUUUUAAUUUGGUUGGUUGGUUGUGAUCAGAAGGGGAAAAAGAUCCUCAUCCUUUCACGACUCCAUGGUAACUCUCUCCCUCUCUACCUCCCUUCAAUUUCGGUAGCUUGUAAGUUGUAAUAUGAUUAGAUCAUAGAUCAUAAUAUAAGUUCUUAACAACAUAAAACUUGCAGCAGGUUGAGAGAUGAACUGUAGAAUGAUUGUUCUCAUUCAUAGGUCUUGUCAUUACCAAUUAAAACAGUAUAGGCAAGUCAUGAGUUUCACCUUGUCCUCAGCUCGUCACGUUCUGUACAUGCGUCAGUUGUCACAUUCUGUACCUGCUUGUCACACUUGCCUUUUCAUUACCAGCCGCUCUGGGAAGGGAAGUUGUUUUCUCGUGCUCUAACUGAAUGGGCUUUGAAGAGUGUUUCCCUGUGAUCUGCUCCCAACUAGCUGUUUUCAUCACAUGAUGUCCUGUGUUUAUAGUCUUAAGAGGGAAGACAGUUGCCCAAGGGCUCUACUUUGGUUAAUGUGAAUGACAAUCUGGAUUGAUAUAAAAGGACAUUUUUUCCAA